GAAUAUAAUUAUUUGUAUGGCAUUCCGGCCGCUGUUUUCACCGGUGGCUACGCGUUGGCCGCACUCAACGGUUUAUCACACGUCCACCAAAUGACUUAUUUAGGUGCGUCCCUUUGUUGUGUCGGCGCUUUGGCCGGUCUGUCGUCUCAGAAAACUUCGCGAUUGGGAAACACAUUGGGAAUGAUUGGCGUCUCGUCCGGCAUAGUGGCGACUCUGGGUCUGAUGGACAUAACGCCAGAGCUGGCCAUUCAAAUCGCCGCCUGUAUGACCGGCGGCGGAGCUCUCGGUCUGGCGAUCGCCAAAAAGAUUGAAAUAACAGAUUUGCCUCAAUUGGUGGCCGCUUUCCACUCGUUGGUCGGUAUGGCAGCUGUUCUGACAUGUUUUGCCACAUAUAUCCAUGACUUCCCCACAUUCGCCACCGAUCCGGCGGCUAUGACUGUCAAGACCGCACUCUUUUUGGGCACAUUUAUAGGAGGCGUCACUUUCAGUGGAUCUCUUGUCGCUUAUGGCAAACUUCAAGGAGUGCUCAACUCAGCGCCACUUCUACUCCCGGGCCGACACGCUCUGAAUUCUGCGCUAAUGUUGGGAACAGUGGGCGCCGGUGCCUAUUACCUCAUGGAUCCGAGUCAAAUGGCUGGUCUCACUUCGUUGGGCGCGACCGCCGCCUUGUCUACUGUAAUGGGAGUCACUCUUACGGCGGCCAUCGGUGGCGCCGAUAUGCCGGUCGUUAUUACAGUAUUAAACAGUUACUCGGGUUGGGCUCUCUGUGCCGAAGGGUUUAUGUUGAACAACAAU